AAAUAAAUUAAUUAAAAUUUCAGUUACUCCGCCAUGGAAGUUUCUCUUUGUAUUUCUCCUUCACUUACACCCCCAGUCUCACUCCCCCAAUCAAAACCCACAUUCACAAGGUAUUCAAAUCCAACGGUGAAAGUCACUUCCAUCCAAAGAUGCAAAUCUUUGAUACGAAACAGUCAACGGCUUACAACCAAGGUUGCUGCCAAUAUUCAUGAUGUUUCCGUCGUAGCUGAUCCUGCUCGAGUCGAUAUCACUUGGCAAAUUGUUGUUGGAGCUCUAGCUGGGGUUACCCCUUUUAUUGUUGCAGGGAUUGAAUUCAGCAAAAGAAUUAUUGCACAAAGAAGAUGUGGUGAAUGUAGGGGCUCAGGACUUGUUUUCAGGGGCAAUGAUUAUUUUAAAUGCCCUGAAUGUGGUGGAUUUCUUCCAUGGCAGUCAUGGAAAAGGUUCUUCACUGGUUAAAAACAAUUUACUACUUUUCAAUGUUAUAAGAUUUCCCCAUAACACUUUACAUUGUAAAACAAGUUGAAACUUGGGAGCCAAGUAAUUGAACUGGUUCAAGGAGAAAAGCUGUAAAAGCUUUCCUGCAUAUAUGUAUGAUUAACUCUGUAAAAUGUACACAUAUGUAUACAUAUACAGUAUUAGUAUGUGAAUUUCUGGACAA